AUGCCCGCCCCAAGGCCCCAGCGCCACCUGCCCUCCGCCACCUACCGCGGCUCCUCCAGCUCCCAGGGCCGCGGCCAGAGCAGCUCUGAGCGCUCCGUUCGCCCCACGGUGCCCUUAAAAGGCGCCGGCGCAAACCAACAGGCCACUGAGGAGAGUAGGGGGAUCUCUCCGCUCUGUCGAGAUCGCGCGUGGCGCCUUGGUUUAGACGGAGUGGUUCCGCCCCUGGCGAGUCACCUCCAAAUGAUCGCAGAAAGUGGACUGACCCAGUUAGAGGCAUAUCUUGGAACUCACGGGGGAGGUCAUGUCGGACGAAGGUGCUUUUCUCGGGUUUUGUUUUUUCAUGGUGAGGACUCGGAGACCUUGUCUACAGAACUCUUCUUGUCCACGAGAGGGGGAACCUCUGGCCCAGGACCCAGUUUUAGGUCCAAUCAGAAGAAGAUAUUAUACCAGCUUCUGGAACGAAGUGCUUCCUUUAGCAUCUGUCGAGAUUUCCCUAGAUCUCCAGUGGACGGAUUCCUCAGUGAUUCUGCAAACCUAAGCAUUUUGUGCGGAGGAGCCCCAAAAUGUCACCUCGAUCUUUCAAAUCUUAGCGAUGGGGAGAUGUCUGCAACUCAGUUUACCACUUCUGCAUAUCCUGAUGAAACAGGUCACUUGAAUUCAUUAGGAUCUCAGGAAAGACAGUUAAUAAAUCAUUGCCAGCCCCUGAUGAAAAGCAGCUCAGCACAGCUUCUCUGCAGCACUCCGAAUACUUUGGACCAUGGCCACAGAACGAAAGAUAUAAUGUGUAGCUUAUCUGCAAACAAAGAUGAGGACAACACUCUGGAGGCCUUGAAGUGGCAGGCACCCAGAACCAGAAACCUGAGGUUUCAAAAAAGACCAGGAGGACCUUUUUUUUUGCGGGGGCAUGUAGGUCUGAAGAAGACUAUUUCUCACUCUGACAUUGAUAUUUCUCAGAUUAAAGAUUCAAAUGCAGGGCACCUGAUUGGUGAUUUCUCCAAGGUAUGUGCACUGCCAGCCGUACCGGGGAGACACCAAGAUCUGAAGUACGUCAACCCAGAGGCAGUGGCUGCCUUACCGUCUGGAGAGUUCCAGGAUCUGAUUGAGGAGUUUUGUAUCAUUGAUUGCCGCUACCCAUAUGAGUACCUGGGAGGACACAUCCAGGGAGCCUUAAACUUGUAUAGUCAGAAAGAAUUAUAUGACUUCUUUCUGAAGAGGCCUAUUAUUCCCUUGGACAUCCAGAAAAGAAUAAUCAUCGUGUUCCACUGUGAAUUCUCCUCUGAGAGGGGCCCCCGAAUGUGCCGCUCUCUGAGAGAAGAGGACAGGGUUCUGAACCAGUACCCUGCCUUGUACUAUCCAGAGCUGUAUGUCCUCCAAGGGGGCUACAGAGACUUCUUUCUGGAAUAUAAGGAGCUGUGUGAACCUCAGAGCUACUGUCCUGUGCAUCAUCAGGACCACCAGGCUGAGCUGCUGAGGUGUCAAAGCUAGAGCGAAGCGCAGGAGCAGAUCGUCCUCCUGGUGAAGGACAUGGUCUCACCGAAGUGGGCCUGGCCCCUGGCGGCCAGGGUAUCAUUGACAGACACCACAGAGACCCUGAGCAGAAAAGAGGCCAUCUUCUCUACGGCUGAACCCAAGAUUGUUUUUUAAAAGAUGUCUGCAUACCUCAGCUUUUGUGAGGCUGAGACAGGAAGAUUACUGCGAACCUGAGACCCUGUCUCAAAAAAAUGAAAGAAAGAAGCAUAGAUAGAUCUCUGUAAUCCAACAGGCUACUACACUGAUGAAAUCCUGGGACUCGGAUUGGUUAGGUUAUGGUAGAGGUGCCAGCUGGUGGCUGAAUCUGGAGGACACUUUUAGGCGACCUAUACCCCAGCUCUGAAAGGCUGUCACCUUGACUUACAUAGAGAUUUGUGUUGCUUCAGGGAACUCUUACAUUGCUCCUCUCAACUUCCUGUGUCUUCUCACAAGCGAGGCAGGUCUCUCUCUCUGGGCUUCUGCUUGUCGGAAAGAGUUGCCCAGCUUCUUACUCUGUUUUCCUUUUUAUGGGAAAGUAAGCGUUGCACAACAAGAAGUGCAAUUGCCAGCCGGUUUGCUCCUCGAAGAGCUGUAUAUUGAGGCAAUCACCAAGUUAGACUCCUUUCCGGGGCUGUGGUAGAGCUCAGUGUAGAGCUCUUGCUUACCUAGCAUUCAUGAGUUCCUGGGUUCCAUCCCUGGCACCACCGCCCCAGAGCGCAGGACUUGGAAGGGACAAAACAUUCUGAAACCCAGAAAUAGAAGAGGCAAAAAUAACAUCUUCCCAGGUUUUAAAUCAGCGGGUGGGAAAAAAGGCUGCAGGCACAGGGCAGCUGACACCCACUGUUUGAGCAACACCACACCUGGUCUGCUGGACUGGCUUUUCAAGGUUCUCAUGUGGUCUUGCCCUGAAGUGCUUUGCACAGGCCUCACAGCAGAGGGCGCUGCAGUAUUCUCCGAGAUCUCCCGCCGGCACCAGCAACCUGGUUCCUGGAUGCUGCCUCCCUGGCCAGCUCUCUAAUCAGCAUAGCCAGGCGUUCAGAGGGCGGGGGAGCUGUGGCCACAGAAGUCAGAGCAGGCUGUGGGGGGAAAGCUCCGCUCCACUAGCAUGUGUGUCCCCUGUCCCCACAAGCAGGAGUUAGGAGUAGCCUCUGGGUGAACCGCAAGAAGUCCAAGACCCACUGCCUUCUCCAGUGGGUUGUAAUUCUCCCCAGAGAGGUGGAACGCAGGCCUGACCUAGUAGGAGAUUGUGUCCAGGUUCUCAUAUUUCAGUUAUCUUAAGUGGAAACAGUUCUAUAACAAAAAGCAGAUUUAUUUACUUUGUGAAAAGUUGUAUUUGCCUAAAAGGCAAAGUUUCCCCAUGUUAUUUCUUGUAAUCUUUAUUUUCAAGGGGGCCCUGGGGGUUUAAUCCAAAAUUUCCCACUAUACUAAGCCGGCGCUAUUGCUGAGCUACAUCCCCAGCCCUCCCAUGUGAUAUUUUAUGAUACCGUCUCACUGUAUAUGUGAUUUGAUUUAUGUUAUUUUCAAGAAUAAUAAUA